AUGAUCUUUGCUACCGUCAAGGACAGCGUGCGCAGCAGCUGGGGCAUGUUCAGCGCGGUCGAGCGUCGUAACAUCUUUCUAUACAUUUUAGGGAUCACAUUCUACAAGUUCGGCCUUGAGGCCUUCAAUGGCUCCAUCCUUGCCCUCGCUACGAACCGGUACGACUACGAUGCCUUGUUAAAACAUCGACCGGCCAAGACGUUCGAACGAGUCGGCCUACUCAGCGGUCUCAACCAGGCCUGCCAGUGUGUUGGCUCGAUCAUCAUUGCACCCUUGGUUCGUCGUGCUCCCGCCAGACUCGUUCUGGUUAUCUCUGUCGUCUUGUUUGGCCUUUUUACCGCUAUUCUCAUGGUCGUGGAUGCUGCCACUGGCGGAACCAUCAUGCCUCCAGAGUUCCGCGGCGAUCACCCGGCCAUGGAUUUCCACUACUAUGGGAAAUACAAUACCGACGGCAUGAUACCCAUCUACUGUGUAACUGGUAUCGUCUACGGGAUGGUCGAGUUAAUCCGUCGUAUCAUCCCCCGUGAUAUCGUGGGAGGAAACAUCCAAAAGCUUCGCCGUCUCGAUGCCAUGGUCCACGUCUUCUAUGAGAUUUCUGGCACCGGCAGUGCAUUCUGUACCGCUCUCGCCCUCAUCCCGACCUUGGGGAACAACUACUCUUUCAUUAUCACCCCCGUCUUCUUCGCCAUGGCCGGUGCAACCUGGUUCUUCAUUAAGGAAGGCGACGCCUUCCAGCCUCCUCCACCCCCUCUCUUGGGCAAGCGACCGACAUACAUCAAGGCAGUGUUCGUGUCCUUCUACCUAUUCGGUGAAUCCAUCUGGACCGGAUGCAAGCUCCUUUUCACUAACCGCCGCUUCAUCUGGCUUAUCCCCGGUUACUCGAUUGCCUUCUAUGGCCAUCGCUAUCUCGAAAACGGGCUCGCCCCCGCCGUCGCCCGCCGAUACCUGGGCCACUCCGCCUGGGCUAACAUCAUUGUCGGUGGCUCCAACCUUGGUGAAUUAUUCGGUGCUCUUUUCGUCUUCCUUUUCACCAAUCUUGUAACCACCCCGAUUCCGUGGGUUCGACUUGACGCCAUCAUGCUUCUGGGUGUCUGGUAUCUCUCCUUCUGGACACCACCACAAGACCAGGUCAUCUAUGCCUGGAUCAUCGCCGCAACCUUCCUACCCAUUUCCUUCGGUUGGGCUGCUGGAGACGUCUCUCUCGCUGCCUAUAUCCAGGCCUCUCUCGCACGCCACGAGUCCAAAGCCCAAAACGUAUCUGCCCUCGGUGCCGUUAUGGCUUGCCUCUACACCACUUAUAUUGUCACAUACGCCAUUUCCUCGCCUUUACUGGGCCAAUACAUUGAUUCCGUCUACAUCAGCACGGGCGGUCGUGAUGGAGGAGGCAACAUCCACUCUGCAAUUCACAACGUCGCAGGUGUACAGUACAGCGUGAUGGCUGUCAUAAUAUUUGCCAGUACUUUCAUCCCACAAGGAGCAUGGCGCAUCAAUCCCAAGAUGCUAUUCAACCAGAACCUUGAUGCCGACCUUGAGGUUACCGAAAUCGGCGAUGGCAUUGACCUGAAAAAGAAGAGCCAUGAGCGAGACACUUCUCUCAGCACAGAUCCGAGAGAUAGGGAGUCAUGGUGA